AUGGGGGAUUUUAAUGAGAUCUUGGAAGCAGAAGAAAGUUCGAGGUUUGCUGAUUUUGGUAGUAUUUCGUUGGGGAUGAGAGACUUUCAAAGGGCGGUUCUCUACUGUCAUUUAACUGAUAUGGCUUUCCAGGGUCCUCUCCACACUUGGUGUAAUAAAAGAGAAGAGGGAGUAAUCUGUAAAAAGCUUGAUAGGGUGUUGUUAAAUGAUGUUGUUCUUCUUCGGUUUCCUAAUGCUUACUCAGUUUUUGAAGCGGGAGGAUGUUCAGACCACAUGAGAUGUACGAUUCAGGUCUGGCCUUCUACAGAAAAGAUUCGUAGACCAUUCAAAUAUGUCAAUGCUAUUGGGAGUUUGCCAGGGUUUCUUCCGAUGAUUAAGAGUUAUUGGGAUUCUACAGAUAAGCUUUUUCAUUCUACUUCGGCUCUAUUUCGAUUCUCGAAGAAGCUUAAGAAUUUGAAGCCGCUUAUCAGAGAAAUGGGUAAGAAGGAGGAUUUUCUUAAGCAGAGGGCUAAGCUUCAUUGGCUUGAUGUAGGAGAUCAAAAUAACAAAACCUUCUACAUUGCAAUCAAAACGCGGCAAGCUCAAAAUACCAUUAGAGAAAUCAGAAACCAUGAUGGAGUUGGUGUUUCUACGCAAGCAGAGAUAAAGGAGGAGGCAGAAAUAUUUUUUUCUGAUCUUCUGAAUCUUCAGCCAACUGAGUAUAAGGGUGCCUCUAUGGAGGAAAUUCAGGGAUUAUUGAAUUUUCGAUGUUCUGAGAGAGAUUGUACUAUGUUGGAGGCAGAAGUCACAGAGGAGGAAAUCAGAAAGGUUCUCUUUGCAAUACCGGCAAACAAAUCUCCCGGGCCAGAUGGAUAUUCUAGUGAGUUCUUCAAAACAACCUGGUUAAAGCUUCUUCUUCCGAGUAUCAUCAAAGAGAAUCAAUCGGCAUUUGUUAAAGGGAGGUUGCUUAUGGAGAACGUGCUUCUUGCUUCUGAGCUGGUGAAGGAGUACCAUAAGGAUACGGUUUUUCAAAGAUGUGCCAUGAAGAUUGACAUAUCAAAAGCGUUUGAUUCAGUUCAAUGGUCGUUUAUGCUUAACUGUCUUCAAGCGCUGGGAUUUCCUGAUAAAUUCAUCCACUGGAUCAGACUCUGUAUCACUAGUCCUUCCUUCUCUGUUCAGGUUAAUGGGGAUCUUGCUGGCUAUUUUCAGAGUGCUCGGGGGUUGAGACAGGGUUGUUCGCUUUCGCCCUACUUGUUUGUGAUAUGCAUGGAUAUUCUUUCAAGAAAGUUAGAUAUAGCAGUGCAAGAAAGGAAGUUCAAGUAUCAUCCAAGAUGUAAAUCUCUUCUCUUGACUCAUCUCUGUUUUGCUAAUGAUUUAUUGGUGUUUGUGGAGGGAUCAAAAGAAUCAGUUGAAGGAGCUUUAUCAGUGUUUGAUGAUUUCACAAGUUGGUCGGGUUUAAAAAUCAGUAUGGAGAAGUCUACAAUAUAUAUGGCAGGUGUUCCAGAUCUUGAGAAGAGUAGAAUCUUAAGAAACUUUCCGAUGGAUAAAGGUGAGCUACCUGCAGAGAAUCAGUACUUGGACAUCUCGUUACCUCUCAUACGCGGGCCGUCUGCAAUUGAUCAGAUGUCUAAAAGAAGUAGAGCAACUUUGUUCGGCUUUUCUUUGUCGGGUCCUGAACUAAAAACCAAGGGAGCUAAGGUUGCUUGGAGAGAUAUUUGUUAUGAGAAGGAAGAAGGUGGCCUGGGAAUUAGAGUGCUUAAAGACAUUAAUAAAGUCUAUGGGUUAAAGUUGAUCUGGAGAUUGCUUGCGGGUUGCUCUCUUUGGGGGAAAUGGAUUUAUGAAAAUCUUCUCAAGAAAAAGAGCUUUUGGGAGAUAAAGAGCACUACUCAAAAGGAAAUUGGUAAUGGGAAGCACACUUCUUUUUGGUACGACAAAUGGCUUGAUAAGGGAGUGUUAAUGGAUCUUUUAGGAGACAGAGGCAUUAUUGAUCUGGGUAUAAAAAGAGAUGCUACAGUGGCUGAAGCUCUUUCUGUAACCAGAAGAAGAAGGAGGCAUCGCAUUCAGUUGUUGAAUGAUAUUGAAGAUGAUCUGGUCAAAACCCGGGAGAAGAUGGAUAGUCUAGUUGAUGAUAUAUGUUUGUGGAAAAGGGAAUCGGGGUUCAAAAAAUAUUUUUCUACUUCUGAGACUUGGAGGUUGCUAAGGGAUAGAAAACUGAAACUGGCUUGGACGCGUGUUGUUUGGUUUAGUAAUGCUACUCCAAAGCAUGCUUUCAUUGCUUGGUUAGCUAACCUAAAUCGCUUAUCUACUUUAGACAGAGUAUCAAAGUGGAGCCAGGGUGUGGAUGUGACUUGCGUGUUGUGCAAGAAUGAGAAAGAGUCGAGAAACCACUUAUUUUUUGAGUGCUCUUAUACAUCUCAAGUUUGGGAGUUCUUAACCAAAGGGAUCUUGACUACUUCAUAUUCAAAAACUUGGGAUGUGAUCAUUCAGAUUCUUUCAGAUGGCAAAAUGGAGAAGAAGCGUCUGUUUUGUCUUCGCUAUGCGUUUCAGAUAACGAUUUAUACAUUUUGGAGGGAGAGAAAUCGUCUGAGACAUGGUGAGAAACUGGUACCUAUGGAAGCUCUGAAGAAGUUGAUUGAUAAAGGCAUUCGUAAUAAGCUUAGUCUUUUGAGGAGAAAGGGGAUCAGAAACAUGAGGGAGGCGCUUACUUUCUGGUUUCAAACAAGAACAGGGUGA